UUCUCUGGCUUUGUGCUUCAGUUCGCGGGAAGCGGUGGGCAGCGGGAUCUCAGUAGUUUUUAGGUUAAGAUUGGAAAAAUAAGCUUUAAAGUGUGAAGAUCUUUAUAUCACUAUGCUGUUUCAGUGCGUGGUUGACCGGGGAGUGACCAGGAGGAGAAAAGUUAACAGACAAGAAUAUCCAGUAUCGUCUCUGCUGGAGUGUUAUCAGUGCACUCGUCAUGAUGAACACAUCUCAUACGGAAACACUGCAGUUGCUGUUCCUCCAUUUGGAUGUUCAUUUUCCACAGCUCCUGGACAGCACAACACUCUGGCAGUUGCGAAUGAGGAGGGUGUUGUGGCCAUCUAUAAAACUGCUGAGAAACAAAGCUCAGUCCUAAAGGAAUGGCCUGCACAUGAUAAUGCUGUGUUUGAUAUUGCCUGGGUCCCUGGAGCGAACAGCUUGGUGACUGCAUCCGGGGAUCAGACAGCACGUUUGUGGGACGUGCUUGCAGAGGAGCUUCUAGGCAGCUUUAAGGGUCACCAGUGCAGCCUGAAGUCUGUGUCUUUCCCGAAACAAGAGAAAGCUGUAUUCUGCACAGGAGGCAGGGACGGUAACAUCAUGGUGUGGGAUACAAGGUGUAGUAAAAAAGAUGGUUUCUACAGGCAGGUGAAGCAGAUCAGUGGAGCUCACAUGAAGACAGCAGGAAACACACCCCAGAACAAGAAGAAACGUUCUUCAUGCAGAGGAAUGGCUCCUUCUGUGGACUCUCAGAGGGGUGUGACUGUAGUUCUUUUUCGUGAUGAAAACACGCUCAUCUCUUCAGGAGCUGUAGACGGGAUGAUUAAAAUGUGGGAUUUGCGUAAAAACUACACUGCUUAUCACCAGAACCCCAUUCCUCUGCAGACGUAUAAAUACCCCGGCUCCAGCACCCGCAAAUUAGGUUAUUCAGGCCUAACGUUGGACUCCACAGGCUCCAGGCUGUUCUGCAACUGCACAGAUGACAAUGUGUACAUGUUUGACAUUAGUGGACUGAAAACAACACCAGUGGCUGUGUUCAGCGGUCAUCGUAACUCCUCUUUCUACGUGAAGUCCAGCCUCAGUCCAGAUGAUCAGUUCCUGGCCAGCGGCUCCACCGACUGCAGUGCCUACAUCUGGAAGAUCUCUGAACCAGCAAAAGCUCCAGUAAUGCUGCAGGGACAUAGCCAGGAGGUGACCUCAGUCACGUGGUGUCCCACUGAUUUCACAAAGCUUGUUACCUGCUCAGAUGACAACACAGUCCGAAUAUGGCGUCUUAACCGAGGUGCCGAAGGAGAAAAGUCUUCUGUUGGAGAAGCUAAUCUUGUAGGCUGGGCACGACGCAAAGUUCAGACACCUUCUAAGCCAUCAGGCCAUUUUACUCAUGUGGAGCUCACCCCUGCCCGGGUCUCUAGCAUGAUCCGUGUGAAUGGUUUGGCUUCUCCUCAGCCUGGAUCCUGUCCCUCCAGCGAUGCUGAUUUGCCUCCAGCGUCCAGCAGCUCCGAACCCAAACACAGCCCUGCACACCCCAAAACCCCUAAAACCCCCCGGACCCCAUCCUCAAUCCGGCAGUGGGUCUCCCGUACGCCUGGUUCUCACUGUAACCACACCACGCCUCCUCUCCGGAAGGUUCUAAGCCCGUGUCCACAGAGUCCUGAGCGUGUUUCUCCAUCUGAGCGGAAGGCCAAGCGGCGUCUGGAGACGGGCGACAGCUCUCUAAGUCACCAUGAUAACAGCGACGGAGUGGCCGAGCUUUGGCCGGAAGCCAAAAGGAGCCGGGUGUCAAAAGGAACUUUUGACAAUGAAGCAAAGGAGGAAGAGGGUAAAUCUGAGAUUUCUGAGACAAAGAACAAGCCGCUAACAUUACAAGUACAAGCAGAUAAAGAGAACAGCUCACCAUCCAAACCUGACUGGCUCUCCGCGAUGAGCCACAGACUUAAACAAGCUCAGAAAGGACCGCUUUUAUCCAAAAGCCCAAAUGGGGGCAAGAGACUCGAUUCCAGGACACAGUGUGCUUCUGCUUUAGGUUCUCCACAUUCUAUGAGGAAGAUCUCUUCUCCACAACCUCAGAAAACUUCUUCUCCACGUUCUAUGAAAAAGAUCUCUUCAUACUUUCAGAAAACACCACAAAAAUGAUCUCCUUCUGCAAGGAAAAUUUCCAGCCUUUUUCCAGACUUUUAAUUACCAUCACUAUCUUUCUGAAACAGCAGAGAUGAAAAUACAGUUUAGUUUGUUUAAAGAUGCGUUUUUUAAGAGAAACAUGCUCCACUGCAUGUGUUGUAUAUUUUAGCCUCUCUUUAAAUCUGAGGUGUAUUUUCAUGUAAAUAGACAAAUUAUCUUAUUAUUAAAUGACUGUACUUUUAGCUGUACAGCUUCACAGAAAAGAAUGUUGUUUUCAGUUCUAACUGUAUGUUCACUAAUGUUUAAUGCAAGUGUGUUAAGUGUGUGAAACACAGAAUUCUGCUAUUGCUUUUGUAUAUGUACAUAAAACUGUCCUGUUUAUUUUUAUUCUUAUUUUUUAUUCCUGUUGGCUGCUAUUUUCUUAACUGGUGUUGAAUUAAAUGAAGACACAGGGUCUGAAA